GAUAGCAACUGUCAUCAUAUCACCCAAGUAAAAUGACUGAAGAUAGAUUACAAUUAAUUCAUCAGAGACUCCUCCACGCAGCCAAACAAGAUGACGAGGCACUCCUCGAUGAGGUAUUCGAGGAGGCUGACAAUCUCGCAGAAGAGAACGCUGGAGAGUUCGACAUCAACCAUAGGGAUGGACUCGGUAACACGGCAUUGCAUUAUGUAGUAAAGAAUACAUCAGUUGGUGUAUUAGAUGCGAUACUCAGCUACGAUAACACAGACGUAGAUCCGCAAAACCGCAUUGAGGGUGAUACGCCAUUACACCUCCUCAUGCGCGCUGACGGGAUGGACAGACGUGCAAGAGAGUACUUUUUAACAGAGUUGAUUGACGCAGGUGUAAAUUUUCAGGUAAAGAACAACCACAACCAGAAACCUUUCGACGUUCUUAGCAGAGUCGACGACAGCAAUGACUGGAUAGAGACAGUCUACAAGGAGUCACAAAUACAGAGAGUUCUCGAAGACGAGGAUGUUGUCGACGACGACGAUAUUGCAGACGAUAGCGAGGCUAGCAACUCAGAUAGUGAGGAUAAAGAAGAAUAAAAGAUAUUGUAUACCCGUUUUAAAAAUUUAUAAAUAUACUACACUUUACUCGU